GGGGGGGAUUAUAUAUAUGUAUAGAUAUGCCUCACUGCUAAACCGUUGGGGCGGGACUAUGGAGAAGUGCAGUCAAUCUAUGUUGAUACAGAUCUAAAAAAACUGGACUGGAGUGUAUGCUUACGUUGUUCUUCGCAUGGACUAAUUUUUGUUUUAUACGGAGGAAAAGUUUUUCAGCGUGGGGAAAUUGUUAAAAAGCCGCCUUCAACUCAACUGGCUUGGAAAAUUUGGCGACCUGGCUGCAACAUUUGGGCCCCCCUCUGCUACUGCACAAAGUGAAGGUUGAUAUGCCACAUCAGCCGCUGAAACCAGGAGAGAGUGGUUAUGUUUUCCGAGGAUGUAUGCUAGUUUACCCAGAGAGGAAAAACCAAGCAACAAACAACAUCCACAACAAGUCUUAACAGAGUGAUGGAGCCCAUGACGGUGACGACGUCGGUGGUCGGAUCGGACGAGUUCGACCGCAACGCCCCGCGGAUCUGCGGUGUGUGCGGUGACAAGGCCACCGGCUUCCACUUUAACGCCAUGACCUGUGAAGGCUGCAAGGGAUUCUUCAGGCGCAGUAUGAAGCGUAAAGCCGCCUUCACCUGUCCAUUCAACGGGAGCUGCACCAUCACCAAGGACAACCGGCGUCACUGCCAGGCCUGUCGUCUCAAACGCUGCAUUGACAUCGGCAUGAUGAAAGAGUUCAUCCUGACAGACGAGGAGGUUCAGAGGAAGAAGGAACUGAUAUUGAAGAGGAAAGAGGAGGAGGCAGCCCGGGAGGCGAUGAGGCCACGGCUGAAUGAGGAGCAGGCCCGGAUCAUCUCCUCCCUGGUGGAAGCUCACCACAAGACCUACGAUGCCUCCUAUUCUGACUUCUCCCGCUUCAGGCCCCCAGUGCGUGAAGGCCCUGUAACACGCAGUGCCAGCAGAGCCGCCUCCCUUCACUCUCUGUCUGAUGCCUCCUCUGACUCAUUCAACCACUCACCUGAGUCGGUGGAGACUAAGAUGAACUUCAGCAACCUGUUAAUGAUGUACCAGGAUGGUGCUAGCAGUCCAGACUCAAGUGAGGAGGACACAAAGCUUUCCAUGCUGCCCCACCUGGCUGAUCUGGUCUCCUACAGCAUCCAGAAGGUCAUAGGCUUUGCCAAGAUGAUCCCAGGCUUCAGAGAGCUGACAGCAGAAGACCAGAUUGCUCUGUUGAAGUCGAGUGCCAUUGAGAUCAUCAUGCUGCGUUCAAACCAGUCAUUCAGUCUGGAGGACAUGUCCUGGAGCUGCGGAGGACCUGACUUCAAAUACUGCAUCAAUGAUGUUACAAAGGCGGGUCACACUCUGGAGCUGUUGGAGCCGCUGGUGAAGUUCCAGGUUGGUCUGAAGAAACUCAACUUGCACGAGGAGGAACAUGUGCUGCUCAUGGCCAUCUGCCUGCUCUCCCCAGAUCGUCCUGGUGUCCAAGACCACGGCCGCAUCGAGCAGCUCCAGGACCGUCUAUCGGAGACACUGCAGGCCUACAUCCGGGUCAACCACGCAGGCGGACGCCUCCUCUACGCCAAGAUGAUCCAGAAGUUGGCUGACCUGCGCAGCCUGAACGAGGAGCACUCCAAGCAGUACCGCUCACUCUCCUUCCAGCCUGAGCACAGCACACAGCUCACCCCGCUGGUGCUGGAAGUGUUUGGCAGCGAGGUGUCAUAGCAGAGGAGGAGGCACGCUCGCAUACACAUACACACUCAUCACACACAGGAUGAUUAACCAACCCUUACCGCCUAUUCCCUAAAUAAAACCGCAGCCCUGAUAUACCUGGACAUGUGGGAGAAAGAUGGAUAGUCAGUAACCUUCACCUCUUCAUCAUCUUCCCAUCCUCCUCCUCUUCUUCCGGACCUCAAGCAGUAAGACUCAGAUGCUUGGACCUCUGGAUUUAUGGAUUUAAGACACCUGAAUAUGAUGUGGAUUUCUGCAGCACUUGGAUAACCUGAUUAUAUUUUGACCUCUGGAUUCGCAAACACAGUACCGCAUUAAAUUUCAAUACAUCACGCCGAUAUCAUGACUUAUAUCCUGAAGACAUCCACAAUCUCCAAAAAUCACCUUUUCUCAUCACCACCUUUCCCUGGACAUCACUGCUAGAUUCCUGCCUUUUUUUAAUCUUUUUUUUUUUUUUUUUACAGUGGAGACAGCUUGAUGGAUGGGACUGUCACAUCCCUUUUACCAUCAUCCUCAUAACAUUGUUCCAUGUUCACAUCAUCACGAUGACAGACAGGAAUUACACAGAUUUACAUCUAUUAACCAUGCUGGCACUUGUGAGGAACAGGUACAUUUCUAGCAAUGUUACUACACUAGUGUUAGAUAGCUAUAAACUAAUGUUGAUUUACAGUUUGUUAACAGCAAAGACAUCCAAAUAUAUUAAACAUCAACAUGGCCAGCCAUGGGCAACCAUAAAACAAUGUAAUGGAAAUAGUUAGUUUACUGGUUUAAAAAUAGCAGCAGGUGUGAUUUCCUGUUUAGCCCUGUGUACAUGUGUAUGUGCAAGGAGAGGUCUUGGAUGGUCAGCUGAAGUGAAGAAAGGAAAUUUAAAUGGGAAUGUUUCAGUAUGGGAAUGGUGGGGAGAAAGGUGAGAUUUGGAGGAAUGAGUAAAGGAGGUUGGAUAGAUGGUGGGCGAUACUAUGGUUGGAAUUCCCUGUUCACAAGAUAAAAGGGAAUUUCACAAAACAAGAAUGUAUGUAUAAUGCUAUAUAAAUAUAAAUGAUACGUAUAAGCUGAAAUAUAUAAAUAUAUAUAUUUAAGAGAGUGAAACACGGUUGCUUCCAUGGAAGCAAAUAGUUCUGAGUGUUGUAUAAUGUAGAGGAUUUUGAAGCCCCUCCUCAGUUGUGUGUGUGUGUCAUCUUUCAAAAGACAAAUAUACACACACACACACACAUAAGAAAGCACUGAGAAGUGUGUGAGGAGUCCUUCUAUUUUUGUGAUGUGUGUACAGUAUAUGAGAAUAUUGAUGGACCACAAGGGGUGUGUGUAAAGGCUCUGACUGAGGGUUUAGUGCAGGGACACACUUCUCUGUUGGAUUUUGUCGUUUUUGGACCUGUGAAGUUUGUAGACUUACAUUUACACAAACACAACGUCAUGUUUCAUGGAUAGUGAUUAUCCAAAAAUAUUUGUCCGGCUGGUUAGAUUGCUGCUAAGACAGUUAGAGCUAGAUAGUUGGACAGAAACCAACUACCGGCUGUUGCCUCAGGGAAAAGUUUGUCUGAUGAUAUUGUGUACUUGGUGUUUAUGGUGUGUGUGGCGUAAGCUUACAAUCAUAAGACAGAGAUUGUUUUUGAAGCUCUAGACAUCACUGUGAUUUCUAAUCAUACUAAAUAACAGCAUAAGUAAGCUAAAAGUGAAACUUUUUGAGAGAAUUAUUACUACAAGAUUUUCAUUCCUAAGCUUAUCUGUUCAAUUAAAAACUCCUCUUAUGAAAUGGUUUGCAUGAUUGUACAAUCCAUUAGAGAUCAUUGUUAAAGUUGACAUACCCAUUACAUGGUUACAUUUAAAAAAUACAGUCAUCAGUGUUAAAACAUUGAAUGAUUAAUAUUAGCCUUAAGUUUAGGUGGGGGGGUUUUCAGGGCAAAGUGAAUAAUCUACAGAUGGUAGCAAUGUACAGUAGUUAAACAAUGUAUAGCCUAUAGUGUUUUUGGAAUGAAAUCCUUCAGAUGAUCUUAACAGCAGGACAGAGUUAUAAAAGAUGAGAGAGAACGUUUUAUAUUAAAUAUAAAAUCAAGCCUCAUACCUUUUUGUCACAUUUAUAUCAUUUCAACACCAGCCACAUAAGCGAGGUUUAGGAUGUUACUUUUCAACAUCACUACAUAUCAUAUCACAUUUCUGUCGACAUAGUGCUCACCCCUCAUGCAGGCCUGGAUCACCCCCUUGUGGAAAAACUUUGUAAAUACCACUUCCUAAGUCUGUACAUAGUUAGAGAUUAAUGUAGGCAAAAUAUUAAAAUAAUUAAAUUUUUGAUGGAGAGAUGCUCUGGAUAUACAGCACUAUAUGCAAUUAGGUGAUGGACUCUUAUAUUGUAUUCAACUAGAAUGGACAGAGGUGGCAUUCUGGUCAAGUUACAGGGUGCACUGAAGAAGACUGCUGGAUUUGGGUUUGACCAGUAUGGCUUCUGAUAUUUGAUAUUUUUGGCUGACACUUUUGGCAGCCAAUAUUCAGCAAAUUCAAAUUCAUAACCAAUUUCAUAACAACAAAAUACCGAUUUUAGGUGUUUCCACAGACAGGAGCAGGUUUCACAGACCAACACACCUGAAAUAUACAUAUAUAUAUAUAUAUAUAUAUAUAUAUAUAUAUAUAAAAACCCAUUUUGGUAUAUAUAUAUGUGUGUGUAUAUAUACAUAUAUAUAUGUAUACGUUUUGGAUGGCUCUUGCUAGUGUAAUGAAGGGACUCGGAAAUCUGAUGUGUUACUAUAAUAAUAAUAAACAAAGGCUUCAUAUGACUGAACAUUCCCAGUUGUGUUGAGCAUUCCAACUGGAUGAGUCUCAUGCACGAGCUACACCCAAAACAUCAGUGGGAGCAUCCUUAACUCUCCGGCAGCCUAUUAAAGGCACCCAAAAACUCAGUAUGUUAUCACCAGGAAGUGUCCUCUCUGUCCAUUCCAAGCUUAUGGAUGUACAUCUUUUCUCUUUCUCUCUCUGUUUCUAAAGUCUAUUGAUAAGCUUUUGACAAUUAUACAGUAUAUCCAUAAUAUUUUCAUUUUGGUGAAAAUCAGUUUUUUUUUCCCCUCUAUUUUCUUUUGUUCUUUUCAAGAUUGUCAAGUUUAAUGUGUCAGAGUUUGCUGUCUAGCUAGUGCUUGGCUUGCUGCGCUGGGAGUCAUUUAAUGAAGCAGAGAUAAGCAUGGUGGACUCCUGGAGCCUAUUCCAAGUGCAAAUGAACAAGCUCCCCUUCCCUUGUUCCCUUGAUUUCAAGUGAGUGAAUAUGGAAUAGCCCUUUUUAACUAAUGAUGUGGCUUCACUUUCUUGUUUGGACAGGGACACUGGCAUUCCCCUUUUUUUUCUAAUGGAAUAAAAAAAGACUUGUCAGUGCAGCCAUGUUACACCUGGAGCUGUAACCUGAGGGGAAGAAACACAGUGGAGCAAAAUCUUUUCAUUGUCAAUGGAAAGGCAGUCCCCAGCUCUGUAAAAAGGAAGCUACAUCUGCUUUUCCAGAAGCAGGAUGUCAAACACAAUCAAGUGAUCAUGAAUUAACACUGCCUCAACUGACAGACACAGGAUUUAGCCAAUGGCAAACUGUUGCAGCAACAGCAUGGGCGUGCCUCUUUAUUCAUCACCCAACCAUCUAACCGCCUCUUCUUCUGCAAUAGCCAAUUACAGCAGGAUUACUCUUCAUAGCUUUAACUCAGCAGCCAGUCAGGCUGCGCUUUCAGAAAACUGUUGUGCACCAAGGGCUGACGGGAGUCUGAGAUUUGGUGGAACAGCUGCUGUGGAAUUGGAUGUGUCACUUUACUGUGAAAAAGACAAUGCAGAAAUGACUCCUUUGUCCUGUUUGACCCAGAGAACCUUUGGAUUGGACCUCCAGAAGACUGUAGAAUCUGUAUAGAAGAUCCUAGGAGAAGUAUUUUUUAAAUGAGAAUUGCCACAGGCAGAUGUAGUGAUGUGCUGUACAGGCAGAGUGUGCAGUGACUGACGAGAUGUUGCCUCCUAAACCCAAAGUGUGACAUUAUGUCUCGCAUCGCAGCGCUUGAAAUUCAGAUUUUUAAAAAACAUUGUUUAAGAAUAGGUGUUGAAAUACAUAAAGAGUGGACUUUUACAUUCAACAUCAUCAUCCGUUUCAAAAGGAAUGCAGGGCAGGGUGAUGGGGUGAGAGUCUGCUCAGUUUUAAGGGUUCUGAGAGUGAAACAUCAGUUAUUUAACUUUGUUAUGCUGCUGUUGGACACUAUGUUGAUUUUCCUCUGUGGAUAAUUUUAUUUCCAUUAUUAAUGGUUACAUGUUGGGUUGUACAUGGAGAACGUUCUAUGCCUGCAAGACAAAUCUGGUUUACAAUUUUUACACUAAUGGUUAACAUGAGCAAUGUAGCUGAUGCGAGAGGCUAUUAGCACUCAAAUGAACCCAAACAAGGCUGCAGUCCCUCUACUCUCUACCCUGCUCCCCUCAACCCAGGUCAGCAGCUCCACCUCAGUAGCCUUACGUACAGAAACCUCACUCAGCUGGAAACAUUUAACAGAUACCUCAAUAAGUUACAGGAUGACUUUUCACAAUAGCCUUUAAGGGAACCAAACACAAACUCAUACCACACACAUACACUCAGACAGACACACCACAACUCUCUCCUCAGCAACCUUUGCAGUGCUUUUAUGUCAAAAAUACACUACACAACUAGUUGCCAGUUGUAUAAAGCAGAAGUUUGUCCAGUAGAAUCCUCUUGCCAGUAGACCAGUCAGUAUAUGAGUGGAUCCCAAUGAUUCUAAAUGUUAACUGUCACUCUUUCUAUUCUAUUCUAUUUCUGCUUUACUCACUUGAUCCUCAUCUCUGCCUCAUACUGUAUUUUCUCUUUGUCGUCUCUGUCUCUACAGAUGACAUGCCGCUAAGCUUUGGCGCUGCGUUUAACCAAACAUACUACCUCUCCCUCCCGCGCGCACACACACACACACACACACACACACACACACACACACACACAUAUAUAUAUUAUUUUGUUUUUUGUCGCAGCAUGAUUGUGUUUAUUUUAUUAUUAAGCAUCCAUUUAGAGAACUCUAACCCUUUUUUGUGUAUAUGUACAGUAUAUUACUUUUUAUCUUGUUUCUCUUUUCAAAUGCUGGAUGAUUUUUACCUCAAAUCUCAAUAUAAGCCUACAAAUCUUAAAGUCAGUAAAUCAGCAUUGAGGCUACGUUCACAUAGCAGCCGAGUGCCCAACUUCUUUCUACUCUGUUAUAUGUGACACAGAUUGGAUUGGUUUUCUAAUUAUUUUGAGCAGCGAAAAGCAUCUAAUUUGUUCAUAAUUUGUACAUAACACAUAAUUUACAUAGAUACAUAAUUUAGAUGCCACAGUAGCUUGACUGGGUUAGUUUUAGCAUGCAGGACAAUUAGACAUAACAGAAAAAGAGCCAGAUAGCAAACGUGAAUGGUGUUUGGAAUUUUGGAAUAGUUAAAACUGGAAGAUGCAUCCUGUAACUGAAAAGUGUAAGAACUGAGAGAAGUGUUUGUUCUAUCUAUACAGUACUUUUUUAAACCAAGUUUAUUAACCUAGUUCAUAAAGAGACAAUGAAUUAGACAAAACCAGACAGAAGAAUGGCAAAGGACUUAAAUGACUAGUUUGACAUUUUGGAAACUGUUUUUACAAAACACUUGAGUUUUUGUAUGAAUUAAAUAAACAAGAUAUAACAUGUUUAUUAGUGAGCUUUUGAGGCACCUGUAGGCAGAUUUUUUUUAACCUUUGGACAGAGCCCCUGAUUCCAGUUUUAAUGCUAGGCUAAGCUAACCGCCUCCUGGAUGUAGUUUUAUAUUUAGCGUACAGACAUAAGAGUGGUAUCGUUCUUGUUAGCUAACUCUCGGCAGGAAAACCACUAAGCAUAUUUCCCAAAAUGACGACAAAAUAAGUGAAGGUAGUAGCCUACCAGUCAAUAAAAGACAAAACUAAAUGACAAAGCAAAAUCUUAAUCAUAGCAACAACAAAAAAAAAGGAACAUAGAAGCAAAACAGACUCUGUUAGCUUGAGUUUAUCUAAUUUAUAGAAUCCUAGAAUAUAGAUGAGUCACAAACUUUCGAUGAGCAAAUUGGAAUUGAGCCUGAAAGCCUGCUAUGUGAAUGUAGCAUAAAACCACGGAGGUGAUGAGUGGAUGUGCGUCUGCUCAACACCUCAGAGGCAAACUUGGACUCUGCGAAACAGAAGGCAGCUGGUCCUGCUUGAGGCCGCUUCUCCUUGAGUUUAGCAACGCCUUUAAAAUACUUUGAUGCUACUAAACUAACAGGUGUUAUUGUAGUAAAAUGCCACCUGAUUUGGCCAGAAGACUUGUUUGUUGUGUUUGUCUGAUGGGACUCCACAGAGUUGCCAUUUGUUCUCUGGGCUUUUUUAUACAGUUAAAAGUGCUGGAUUGGUGCUGCACAGUCGAAAAAACCUCUUGAUCAGGCUUGUGUGAAGGCUUUCAGCUUUACACAACUGUCCAGAGACAAGGGAUGGAGGUAUCGGAAUUGAUUGAUACUCAGAUAAGGGGAGUGGUAGACUUUGAUAACCGCUCUGUCCUAACAUCUAAAAUGUAAAAAGUAGUGGCUGUGGCCUGGACUUAAUACCCAACGCAGUGGUGUCCCUCAGUCAGCUUCGCUUUGGUAUCGCAGGUUUCCUGUGUGUUUGUCUCUAGCUUUCCUCAAACAACUGAUAAGGGUUUGUAACAUUGGGAUCCCAUUUCUUGUAUUCUAGAUACAAAUAGUGUGUAUUUUUUUCUACUCUACUUUUUCACUCUGCCUUCUUCUAACUCCCUAACUCUGGUUCUGAAUCCUUCGUUUAUUUGCUGCUUUCACUCAGCUUUCAGAAAACCAGGCCUUCAAAGUAUAUGCUGUGAAUGAUAUGCCAAGCCUUUAGUGAUCACCCUUGUAUUAUAUUGACCAAUGACUCACGUUUCAGCUCACAGCAUGUGGAAGUUAAUGCUCUUGUAAGUUUAACGUACUACCAGCUGCUGUUGAUGGAAAGCUUUGGGCAGAUAUAAAAAUUCACAGAUUGAUAAAGUUUAGUCAGUUCAAGUAUUUGAUAUUUAGUGAUGCAAUUGUUUUAUUGCAUCAACAUGUUAUCUGUUUCUUGGCUUUUUGGGAAAGGGAUUAAAUUAUAAUAGAUUUUGAGUUUCACUUGGAAGGAGUGACACUCAAUUUGUGAACUGACUAACAGCAAAAAAGCCCUUUGAAAUAAAUAUUAGGAAGUUUAUUUGUUGAUUAAAUGUUUACACUUGAAUUAACUGUUUCCUGAAAAAUUUAAUGAAACUCAACAGACUGAAUAUUGAAUUUUAGCUGUUUUUUGACUGAUUUUUGAGUAGAUAUAGUUUGGAGUGGCCUCAGUUAGGGUCUGUGGCUCAUACUGAAAUAUCAUCACCCGUGUUUGAACCUGAGGAGAGCAGGUAGAUACAAAGUUGGCUUUUCUACUGUUGUAACAGAUGGUUGUCAUUCAAGACAGAUUGGUUGUCACCUGUUGCUCUUAUUGCAUUUUUCUGCUACCUCUUUAAAUAUGUGCUUGCUCAUACACACAUGCACUUAAACAGCUUUGCUCACAGGCAAACAUACACUCAUAUUGACUGAAGAAGACAGUGAACACAGUACACACACUCAGAUAGACACACACACCAUGCACACUUGUGUGCACUUCUUUCUCCCUCACCAGCAGUUUUUGCCAAUGAUGCACUUGUGUUUUUGUCUCUAAAUGCUCUGCAAAAUGUCUAAAAAAGUGAUUUGUCAUCAUCUAUAUUUUUCUUCUUUUAAAAAAAACUCUAAUCUCUGUAGUAUGACCUGGGCUAGCCAGGUGGUUAGAAAUAAAUUAAACAUUAAUUCAUCUACUACAUACAGAAAGUUAAUGUCUUUAAAAAAAAAAAAAAAACAAAUGCACAUAUUGCUCAGCUCAGUUGUACCUUGGUGUGCCUAGAACCCACAGCCUUAUUUUGGGACAAUAUCAGGGGUUUUAAACCAGAAUACAGGACGAUCUGUCUGUCUGUAUUGCUAAUGUUAAGACAUUCAUUUAGUUUCAGUAGCUGUUUUUUGCUGUCUUCAUAUCGACACAUUUGUUAGUUUCUGCAGUUGUUGUAUCAAAUUUAUGAGUCAACAAUAGCUUGCUCGUGGGAGGUGCAUGUCCUGACUAGGAUGUGCUACGUCAGUGUUUUUCUGCUGGUUGUUCUUUUGUUUCAUUCAGUACUUCAAUUUAUUCCCCUUGGCUGAGUUUUCAGUGACAGUUGGUUAUUAAAAAGCCUACCUGGUUAAAAAAAUAUUUAGAUGAGUUUGCAUUUAGAUGUUUUCAAGUAAAAACCUUAGUGGUUGUGCUGAUGCAACAGAGUCUUAUGUAACGUUUUGAUUUAUUUAAUUUGACUUAAUUUAAGAUUAUUUUUUCAGAUUGUCCGGCAGACUGUGACCUCCCAUAGGAUGAACUAUUCUCAUCAUUAGGAGAACAAAAGAAAAAAAAAGUUUUAAAUUGUAGUUUAUCUCAGCAGAGUCCCAAGAUAAGUAAUUUUACCUUCACACAUGCACACCACCAUGCAGUAAAACUCACCAUACCUCAGUACUUCUAGCAGAAACUUGUCUUUUCAACAUAUACAGUUGCCAUGGCAUCGCUGUUGAUGGCACCAUCAAUAGCCCUAUGUAUAAAAGAAAUAGUGCUAUACAUACAGUACCUUAACCAAUGUCUCUCUUCGUGGUCAAAAUCACCACCUGAUUUUUGUGUUGCUCUUUUCUUUUUGCUCUUCUUGUCUUUGAAGUUGAUCCAUUGUACUUUGAUUACAUGCAUUGUAUGUAGUAAAAUACUGAUAAUGUUUUGGGGAAAUCACAAAUAAAACCGCUGUACAUAAUGAUGCAAAACA